AUGGAUUCGCGAGAACAAUCGACAAUCACAACCACUCAAUCAAGAUCCGCGCGCAAGACUCAAUGCACCAGCCCGGCUUACGAAAAGCACAGACUGAGUGGUGAUGUAGAAACCAUCGAUUUACCGUGGUGCACAGGUGAUGAAGGAGGUGAUGAUGAAGUUCUCGAAGAGAUUGUGCCUGCAGAUAACGAGAAACCUAAAAUCCCCAUUGGUCAAAAUGUUUAUGUAUACGACUGGUCCGAGACGCUGUUUCCAGAUGAAGAAGCUGCGAUCAUUGGAGAGAAGCGCCCUUUGAAUUUAGCUGAGGAGAUUGGUAAGUUUUUACACACG